ACGAAACCUCUGUCUGUGGACCCCCAGAAAUCGGGAGCUUGAUUAAGAACCAGAGCGAUACAAGUCGAGAAUCCCAGUGCGUGCGUGAAAUUAGAAACCCGAAGAAAAUCCACAAAAAAACCAUGACCAAGUUCGUGGUGGUGGGCAUGUGCCUGCUGAUGGCCUUCGGCCAUAUGGCUUCCGUUUCCGCCGUGACCGAGGCUCCGGAGGUGGAGCAGUCAACGGAGUCGCCCAUCGCCGACAUGGCGCUGAUUGAGGAUGCGCCAAUGGCUCCCAAAACUCCCACGGAGAAGCCGCCCAUUGUCCAGGAAGCCGCAAUGGUGGUGGACGCUCAGGAGAAGUCCGCACAGGUGGCCCCACAACCCCACACGGUGGCUGACUUUAUCAUCCACCCGCUGAUCGCCUUCAAGCCACGCCAGGCCUCCCUAGAGGAGAUCCAGGGCAAACAGGCCACACCGAGCUCCAGUGCCCCGGCCUCCCCGGGCACCUGGCUCUUCGGCAUGAAUCCCGCUCAGCAGCUGGGCUCCUCCUUUUCGACGCUUGCUGGUUCCGUUUCCGGUUGGUUCAAUGAUCGCCUGGCAGCUGCCGGACAGCAGUUGCCCGGUUUGGUGGAAACCCCGGUGAGGGAGUCAACCACAAGCACCAGCACCACCACAUCAACGACCACCCAGCGCCCAGACAUUGUGGUGCGAGUACAGCAGCGUCCCCAAAGGAAUGGCAACCGCAAUGGAAACCGCAAUGGCAAUGGAAACCUCAAUGGUGGAAACCUGAACAACAACAGGCGUCGUCAGCGACCUAACCGCUUCAAUAACCGACUGGACUCCUUCGAGGACGACUACUACGAGGACGAUUACUUCCAGGGCAACCGAUUCGAUGACGAGUUCGACGACGAUGAGGACGAGCAAAGCCUGGAGCAAUUCGAGGAUGACGAUUCCCUGGAGCUGCGUCCUCAGCAAAAACCCAAGCGCAAACAGACCCAGGUGCAGACCCAAAAUCAGCGCAGGAAGUUCCAGCAAGAGGAGCAGGUGAUCAGCCAGAAGCGCCGCCAAUCGGUGACCCAGAACAAGAAGCCCAAGGUUCAGAAGAAGCCAGUUCAGCCGGUGGUUGAGGAGUCACAGGAUGAGGAGGAAUUGGACGAUGAUGAGAACGAGAACGACGAUGAGGAGGAGGAAGAGCAGGUCCAGGAGGACGACAGCCAAGAGCAGGACUUUCAGCCGGAGCCGAUCUAUGGCUCCAGCUCCUCGUCGACUAGGCGCAGCCAAAACCAGCCCAAUUUCAUCCAGCGCGGCCAGCAGAGCAUCAUCAGUCAGAUUAGGCAGUUCACCCGAGGUCAGACGCCCGGAGAACUGGCUAGCACGCUGCACCGGGGUCCCUCCUCGUCAUCCUCGGGCUCUUCGAAGACCCGUCGGCCGCAGCAGACUACGCUCCUGGUAAACCGCAAUGGACAGACCGUUUACGUGGCUCCCGAGCUGCUGGGCCUGAACUCUCCCUAUCCCUACGCUUAUGUCCAGGGUCAGACGAAGAAACAAAGGGUUCCCAUCAACGGUGCAUUCCCACAGCCACCACUAACGGUGCCGGUGAGGCGUCAAGGUCGUCCCACCCAGUACAUCACGAUACCCUGGAGCCAGCUGGGACUCUCACCGCCCGACCAGCAAUCAGUCGUUUCCCUGGCCGAAGGCAUCCAAGCUCAGCCCCUCAUUCUGAAUAUUCCGCAGAGCGCCAUUAGUCCGGUGCGUGGUGGUGCCAGCUCGAGUGGCCAAAAGAAAAAGCGCCCCCAGCUGACCGCCUCGGCGGUUCCCCUUUUGGCUGACGCCUCACUUAUGGACAUCUUCCAGCCUCCCCAGAUCCCGCCCUCCAGAACCGGUUCAUCAUCUUCCGGAUCCUCCAUCAAACCGAUCUCCGCCCAGCCCGUCCUGAUUGCCGCUAAGCCCGUAAAGGCUGGUGGAGUGGGUACCACUGGACUGCUACCCACUCGCAUUCGUCCAGGAACGAUUGUAGAGAAGGCCCCUGCUAUGGAGGCAAUGGAGAAGCCCAUGGAGGUCAACGAGAUGAAGCAGGAGCAGGAGGUGAUGGCCACGGAGCCAGCUGCUUCUGCGCCACAAACGGCAGCCAAUGGAUCCGAGCAGCAGGAGUUCAUCUUGGUUGGCGAUGAUGAUGAGCCAGGAGUCUCGCGACAUGUGCAGCCAGCUUUCGGGGAUGCCCGCUAUGUGUCCUACGGCGAUUUCCAUCCGUACUUUGAUCUGCUGACGCAAAACAGGCGAUUCGCGCUUAGGAAGACCGGCAGGUCUUUGGAGAUUCCCGAAGAGCAGGUGGCCCCCAAGGGAGACUUGCAGAAGGAGGAGAAGCCAAAGGAGGAGGAGCAGAAGGAGAAGCUUCCAAAGGAGGAAGUUCAGCUAGAGGAGAUUAAGAAGGAGGAGCCCCAGAAGGAGGAGCUCCAGAAGGAGGAGCCACAAAAGGAGGAGCCCCAGAAGGAGGAGCCACGAAAGGAGGAGCCACAAAAGGAGGAGCCACAAAAGGAGGAGCCACAAAAGGAGGAGCCACAAAAGGAGGAACCCAAAGUGGAAACCCCACAGCCUCUGGAGCAGUCAAAACUGCCAGCCUAAUUUUGUAAACGAACAGCCCUCCAAAAAUCGAACCCAAACGAGCUCGAAUUGAAAUAAUGAAGAUAACAAAGAAAUAUGAUAAGC